UAAGAUAUUGCAUUUCCCCACCGUUUCUUUCCUUGCAAACACCCACACACGAUCACAUCCUCACUCGUUUACAAUUCUCUUUCUCUCUCUUCCCCUGUAAGCAAAUUUCUCCUUUUCUCUCUCCCUCUGCUUCGAGAAAAUCACAUCUCCAAUCAGACCCUUCAGAAAAGAAAAAAAAAAUCAGAGUAAGUUCCCAGAUCUUGACGUAUCUGAAGGUGUUGAAAAUUUCACCAAACCAACCGAGAAAUUUUGGAGAGAUAAUCCCAUCAAGGCUCAGGUGGUUGAUAGCUAUUUGCCCCAUUGGGUACGCAAUUUCUGACGCUGUACAUAAAUAUCAUCCCAUCUCUGUUUCGUUUUUUAUUUUCCUGGGAAACUGACGGAAAUGGCGGAAAAUACGAAGCUGGCUCAUGGAUUAGAAGAAAAGCUUCAGAAAAUCUCUGUUUCGGAUCAUUUAAAUGGUUUCCAUUACGCAACAGAUAAAUCCGAUAGCUUUGUAAUUGACAUGGAAACUUUCUCUAAUGGCAACGAUAAAGAUACCGCAUCAGCAAAUUCAAGAACCAAAGCUAAGUUGCAGAGAAGUCAGUCUAGGAAAGGUUCUCAGCGUGGUUCAACUACAAAUACUAAUGAAAGAGAUGCUGGACCAUCACCAAGAGGGUCAUGCACGCCAGAAAAGGCCUCAGGGGUGACACUAGGGACCACUGAAAACUCGAGUAACCCACAAGUCCAUCAUCAGAUCACCAUCACAGCCGGCAACAUUAGCACCGUCACUGAUGGUAGAUCCGUUCUUAGAAGAAAUAGCUUCAAGCGUUCUUCUUCUUGGGCUUUUGAUCCCAAGAAAAUUCUUUUCUUUUUUGCCACUUUGUCAAGUGUGGGAACAAUCUUGCUGAUAUACCUAACACUGUCAAUGAGCAAGUACAACACAGAUGACAACGGUCUUGAUUUGCAGUAGUAGUCAUACAUGAGUUGUCUUACCCUUUGGGAUUGGAAUUGGGAUUUCCAAUGCACAAAAGGCAAAUAGGGAAGGGUCCAAAAUUGUUUAAUAAAGAAAAUAAUUAAAGGGAGAUACCUUUCUUAAACCAAUUGGCCAAAUUCUAAACAGAGCUUUCUGAGAAAAAGUAAACAAGGAGAAAAGAGGCAUAAAUGAGGAAGUGAGCUUGAUUUGGAUCGAAGACCCGUGCCUUUUAACCAAAAUACUCCAUAGAAAUGAGAGACAAAGACACAAUACACUAGUGACAAAGAGAGGGAAUCUUUUUUUUAAGUUAGAUGGAUGAGAUUGAAACACAUGAUGUGCUCUUCUUUUUUUGUAAAGAUUUGGUGGCUCCAGACAGCCUUAAUGGAAGAUCGGUGGAAGAUCAGAGAGUUAAAUAAUACUUUCUCUUUUAUUGACUCA